CCCGCUGCGUGCAACUGCGUUGUUUGUUGACUUGUCGCGAAACUCGAGGAAAUUCCGCUAUGCCUCGUUGCGGACAGCGAGGAUCGUCGUUGUAACGUCGGCGCGAACUGAUUAUCGCCUUACGAAUUUCGUAUUUCAGUGUGUGUGUGUCACCGAUGUUUAUCGUACACGCGGCCAACAUCCGCAAGUCGACGGAUCCCGACUGACGUAAACAGCGUUAAGUGAUGGGCAAAGGUGAGGAGAGAAACGGCACGACGGCACAAGCGGGCGAAUCGACAUUCCUGGCAAAGAGUUCGAACGAGGCCAGCAAGAUGCUGGAGGCCGCGUUGCUCCAGAUGGACGACAUUAUUUCUGGUGCUUGUGCCGAGAGUUCGACCGAGAGUAGUUCGGAGUGGAAGAACUCGGUGAAAGAGGCGGCAAGAAAUCUUGUGACUGCGAUAAAGGGUGCACCGAUGCCACCCCCACCGCCCGAUGGCGUCACCCAGAACAUCCUCUUGGCGUGGAUGCAGCCGGCUUGCUUACUCGGCUAUGCUAAGAUGAUAGCACUUCAAGGGAGUAUGCCUAAUAUCUGUGCAGUAUCCAGUGGUAUGGCUAAUAUCUGCUCGGCGUCGACUGCGCAUCUGGGAAGUUUCCCGUCUCUUUGUACAAUGCCAUGUUCAAGCAUUUCUAGCGACCUCGCGCAUCACGCCGUUAAGGAACAUGCGAGAAGUGUUGCUCAUUAUCCACACGUUUGUCAUCUACAACAAGAUCCGAUAUUCGCGAAGGAGCGAGAAAUACACUCAGAUAACAGGACGAAUAGUACAACAUCUCUGCCGGCAAACUCGACGGGAAGAUGUGCCGGUUCUUUAGACAGAAGACGACGCAGAUUUCGCAGUAGAGUGGACCGCGAUCAAAGAGCUAUGUCUCAUAGUGAUCUGAUCUGCCAUGAGAGGGAGAGACCGCACCGUUAUUGUUCAUUACAACAAUUUCAUUGCGGAAGCAAUAUGUGCCUUAAUAAUUAUCAUAGCAAAACCGAGGAACGAUUGAGAAAGUUGGAAAGUGAACGUGGAGCAUUACAUAUGGAAGUAUCAGUUUUGUCCGAACAGGUCGACGCACAAUCGAAUAAGAUCCAAGAACUGGAAAGCUUACUUCAGGACAAGAAAGAUACUUUGAGACAGAUGGAAGAAGCGUUACAGAAGGAAGUUUUGUCAAGAAGCGCUUUGGAGACGCAGAAAUUGGAACUUCUUACCUCCUUGUCCGAAAUGAAACUUAGACAGGCUAGUUUGGAGCACGAAAAUCUGUCACUACGCAGUACAAGUCCUUUAUCGAAUGGAGAAAGAUUCAGCAGACAUACGGGUCAAUAUAGUAGUCUUCCCAGGCCACCAACAUCCAAGAAAGGCGUUGUAUUUGGUAAGGUUCCAAAUUUAGUCUCGGGAGCGCAUACGACGGUACCCUUGGCUGUUAGGGGAGUCUCUGCGAGAUGUCUGUCCGCUCCUAUUCUAGCGGAAGAAGCGAAAAUCGUAAUUAGUGAAGCGAGCGCGCAAGAGGAAUUAUCGCCACCGAAACCGCUCGUAGAACUCAGUAUGGAGGAGGUCAGUGAUUGGUUGGCUCGUCUUGGUCUAGAAUGCUAUGCCAGUGAAUUGAGACGAUGGGGUGCCACUGGAUCGAAACUCCUCGACGCCACACAGGUUCAACUAGAGAAAGAGCUGGACAUAAAGAAUGCUCUGCACAGGAAAAAAUUACUCUAUGCCAUCGAAUCGGAGCGAAGCAACGACGCUGGAUUUCUCGGUUCUCACAAGAUGGAUAAUGCAGCCGUGUUACGAUGGUUAGACGAUAUCGGAUUACCGCAGCACAAAGAAGCUUUCCAUAAUGCCAAGAUCGAUGGUAGAGUUUUACACAGGUUGACCACAGAAGAUCUCUUAAACCUUGGAGUGACUGCACAAUUGCAUGCCGCCAGUUUAAGACGUGGAAUUCAGGUUUUACGAGAUUUAAGUUUCGAGUUUGACAAUUUGGAGAGAAGAUCCGUGAAUGGAAAUGGUGCCGAUGGUACAAACGUAAAUCUCUGGACGAAUCAUCGUGUGAUGGAGUGGCUACGAGUCGUAGAUCUUGCAGAAUAUGCGCCAAACAUGCGCGGUUCUGGUGUUCAUGGCGGUUUGAUAAUCCAUGAAGGUCGAUUUACUUCUGAGCUGCUCGCUGCAUUGCUCAGCAUUCCACCGGCAAAGACUCUACUUCGUAGACACCUAACGACACAUUUCAAUCAGAUUCUCGGCAGAGAGGUGGUUCAACAAAAACGAGAGAUAGAGAGCACGCUUGGAUUCGUCCCAUUGACGCUUACCGCUAGAUUAAAGGUACCAAAGAAAUCUCAAUUUACACUGAAACGCAAAAAGAGUAAAAACGAGGUAGAUUUUGGCAAUUUGGUUUGCCCAUUGGAGGCGUCGCCACCAGGUACUCCAUCAACGCCUUCAUCAACACCGGGCAGUCCUAACUUGAACUCACCCACAUUCUAACCACAAUUUAAAGUUUCAUUCGAGUAAUCAUCUAAACUAACUUAUUUGGAGGAUAUUGGACAAAGGAGAAUUAUAGGUUGCAUAUGAAGAUAAAAGGA